AUGUCUACCUCACCAGUUUCAUAUCAGCCUACAAAUAUAGUGCUUGCCAAAGUUAAAGGAUAUCCAGCAUGGCCAGCAAUGGUAUUAGAAGAAUCUUUACUUCCACCGCAUAUACUUUCCAAACAACCAAAAUCAUCAAAAUCAACAACAACCUCCACCACCACCACCACAACAACAGUUAAGAAAAUUGUUCCUGUUAGAUUUUUCAGCGAUGAUACAUAUAUUUGGAUAAAUAUUAAUGAUAUAAAGCCAUUAACUAAAGAAGAUAUACAAAAUUAUUUCAAAAAAUCAAAUCUGAAAAGAAAAAUUGAUUUAUUAUUAAAUACUGCUUAUGAAUUGGCAAAUGAUCCACCAGAUAUGGAACAAUUUAUUAAAUAUGGUUCAAAAGGAGUACCUGAAGAGUCUUCAGAAGAUGAUGAAGUAUUAAGCAUACCUGCUAAGAAGAAACAAAAACAAGCACAAUCACCGAAAAAGAAAACUAAAGAUAAUAAAAUAAAGAAAGAACCUAUUAAAUCAAAACCAAAACCAAAAUCUAAAGCUAAACCCAAGGCAAAACCUGAACCAAAACCAAAACCUAAACCAGUUGUUGUUAAUGAAUAUGAUGAUGAUUGGGGAUUAGACGAUUUCAAUAAAUAUGAUAAAUCUACUGGUAAUUACAUUUAUGAGACAGAAGCAGAACAACAAAAAGUAUUUAAAAGUAUUCGUAUAUAG